ACGCGCUCGAGCGAAACACCACGCGACAGGGACUGACAAGAUGGCGAUCAUUUCAGAUUCUGUGGUGUAGCUGAAGACAACACAGCCAUGCCCUGGGAGGGUCCCAUUUCUCGGCUCACCAUGGUUACCACGGUGAUAUGAAGCCAGUGUGAAACAUCGGCGCAUACGCUCAGCCUCUCGCUCUCGCACGCAGUCAGCUGUCGACUGACGCGGCCCGCCCAGCUCGGCCGGCAGGCAGGCAGCCUCGUGUGAUGGACAGGUGUAAGCACGUGGGGCGGCUGCGGCUGGCCUCUGACCACUCCAUCCUCAACCCCCAGAAAUGGCACUGUGUCGACUGCAACACCACCGAGUCUGUUUGGGCCUGUCUGAGCUGUGCGCACGUGGCGUGCGGCCGCUACAUUGAGGAGCAUGCUCUGCAGCACUUCCAGCAGCAGCGCCACCCGUUGGCCAUGGAGGUCAAUGAGCUCUAUGUUUUUUGUUACUUGUGCGACGACUACGUCCUCAAUGACAACGCCACGGGAGACCUCAAGCUGCUGCGCAGUACGCUCAGUGCAAUCCAAAGCCAGCGCUACGAGGUCACCACCCGCAGCGGGCGCACCCUCCGCUCUGCGAGCGCCGCGCCGGAUGCCCUCACGCUGUGCGGUGCCAGCGAGCUGCAGCUGAGGGACGAGGACCGGAUGUUUACUGCCCUUUGGCACCGUCGCAGGGCACUUAUAGGACGCAUCUUCCGCCUUUGGUUCGGCCUGACUGAAUGUGGGAAGAGGAGGGAGGAAGAAGAGAGAAAGCGGGAGGAGGAAGAGGAACACAAAAGGGAGGCCAGGGAGAGAAGGCGUGCUCUGAAGAGGCAGCUACAGGAGGAGCUGGAGAACGCUCCCCUCAGAAAGAGUCGCCGCUUGCGUCGAAAGAGCCAGAGGUCUGCCAUUACAGCCGUCGCGACCCCACCCUCUCAAAAGACUCUCAAAAAAACAAAACCUCGUGUGCCCUCAUCUCAAACCCGCAAGCCACGGACCAAAAGCUCCGCCAGCAUUACUCCCAAGAAGGUCAGGCCAACAAAAAAGGCCCGACCUGCUCCCAAACCCCAGAGACGAUCCUCUAACACCAAAUCAAAACCCAGAACACCCUCAAGAAGCUCCCGCACUGCCAAAACCCCCGCCCGCCGCAAAACCAGCAACAAACAGAGUGGCUCACCGUUCAAACGGCGUCCUACAGUCACUCCCGGAGUGACCGGCUUAAGGAAUUUAGGAAACACCUGCUAUAUGAACUCCAUCCUGCAGGUGCUGAGUCACUUGCAUGUUUUUAGGGAGUGUUUUCUGCGUCUGGACCUGGCCCAGGCGCUGGAGCUCCUAGCCUCUGCUGUCCACGGCCAACUGGCAGGAAAGGCCUYGCCGCAGACCCCGCUCCUGUCCCAAAGAAAAGGCCUCCAAACCAGCUCAGGCUCYGGUUCAGGUCUGAGUGGCGGGGCCUCGCGGUCCCGCAGCAUGGAGCUGAUCCAACCCAAAGAGCCCAGCUCGAAGCACAUCUCCCUCUGCCACGAGCUUCACACCCUGUUCCAGGUCAUGUGGUCYGGCAAGUGGGCGCUGGUCUCGCCGUUUGCCAUGCUCCACUCUGUGUGGCAGUUGAUCCCUGCCUUCAGGGGCUACGCGCAGCAGGACGCCCAGGAGUUCCUGUGCGAGCUGCUGGAUAAGGUGCAGCACGAGCUGGAGAGCACGGGCAAGAACACGACCUCCACCGGAGUCCAGCAGACGCACAGACGACUCAUCAAGCAGGUUCUCAGCGUGGUCAACACCAUCUUUCAUGGUCAGCUUCUCAGCCAGGUGACAUGCUUGGCCUGCAGCCAUCGCUCCGACACUGUGGAGYCUUUCUGGGACCUGUCUCUGGAGUUCCCCGAGCGGUAUCACAGUAAUAGCAGGGAGACGGCAGCUCAGGCUUCGUGCCAUUUGACRGAAAUGUUGGCCAAGUUUACAGAAACUGAAGCCCUGGAGGGAAACAUCUACGCCUGUGACCAGUGUAACUCUGCCAGGCGCAGGACCUCCUCCAAACCCGUCAUCCUGACUGAAGCUCAGAAGCAGCUCAUGGUCUACAAACUGCCUCAGGUCCUCAGGCUCCACCUUAAACGCUUCAGGUGGUCUGGGCGCAACCAUCGGGAGAAGAUCGGCGUCCACGUCAGCUUUGACCAGCUCCUCAACAUGGAGCCCUACUGCUGCAGAGAGGCUYCACCCAAAAGCGUGCCCUGCUCCACCGCUCCCAGCAGCCCCAGCUCCGCAGGCUCACCACGUCCAAAGCACUUCCUGUAUGAGCUCUCCGCUGUGGUGAUGCAUCAUGGAAAGGGCUUUGGCUCUGGCCACUACACUGCUUACUGCUACAACACAGAAGGAGGCUUCUGGGUUCACUGUAAUGACUCAAAGCUGAACGUGUGUUCAGUGGACGAGGUCUGCCGAGCUCAGGCCUACAUCCUCUUCUACACACGGCGAGUAACUCAGGACAAAGACCGGCCACUAUAGAACCACGGUCAACCCCCCACUCUUUCACCUUUGCUGCAUCCUGACCACUCAACGAGACGAAAUCAGCACAGCCCAACCUAUCACUCUUUAUUUUUGAACCUGGGAUGAUGGGACUUGCUAGUCUAUUUUUCUGAAUUAAAAACAAAAAAGAAACAAGUGAAUGAACUUGUUUGUAAAAUCUGGUUUUGCUUGGUGAACUUCUUGUAUAUGAUGUUUAUAUAUGUAGGUAUUUUAAAAAGAAAAAAAGCUGAUGUGAUUUAUGUACAUAUGUAUUUUAUAAAACAGAGUAUCAGCCAAGAUGUGUUUCAGUAGCAGCCGGUGGUUCAGCUGUCUGCCCACCUACAUCUGCUGGUUAGUUGAUUGUAAAUGCUGUUCGUCUGUUUAAAUCAGCAGAAAUGUUUCUCAGUCACUUUAGAUAGCUGACACAGGACUGGAUGUAGGUUUUUAACACGUCAUUCAAUCAGAAAUGUCCGYGUGCUCUGAAACAGCUAAAAGCUGUGAUAGAUUAUAACGUGGUGACACUUUGGUCCUUUUUCCUGCCAGGAAUGCACUAAUUUCUACAUUUGUUAGCGUUCAUGUAAAUGACUKUUARRUGGUUUUUAAACAUUUUCAUACAAGCAGGACAGGAUGUUUUGUUUUAGCGCUAACRUAGUCCUAGGUCUAAUACAGACCUCCUGCCAAAGCCUUGGAGGGUUGGGCGAGAGAGAAAAACAACAACCUCUAAGCAUUUCCAAAGGGUUCCGUAUUUGCUCGGUGGUUGUUUCCUGUCCUGUUUUACUGAUGGCGGGAAAGUUUCCAAAAGGGAUAAGUUUUAGCUUGUUGCCAUCUUUCCUUUCGAGAUCGUAACAGUUUUCAGCGUGAAACRUCCCCAAAUAGAUUACACUAGUAAAGUGCCCUUUUAUUGACAUAGCAGAUCUAUUUUUAUAGUUCAUCGAAGURGAAUCUGCUUUGCUGCAGUCCAUGCAGACUUAGCAUUUUGAUUAUGAAUGUGUUUUUAUACAAUCCUCAAAAGGCUUUACAAACACGACCAUCAACUGUUAAAGUUUUAUACAAACUCUUGUUCCGAUUGUUCAACACCACCAGCAGUUUUUGGAUUUUACAGUUUAUGUUUUUUUGUUUUUGUUCAUCAGAAGAGAAUCAGCACUCUGUUUUGAUUUUAUUCGUCUUCAGAGAUUUUCUCAGCAACUUGGUUUCUUCUCCAUGGUUUGUGUGUCUGUGUGUGUUUGUGUGUAAAUUUUAUGGAAGUUAUACUAUGCAAAAUGUUACCUCAGAAAAAAAAUUUUUUUAGAAAAAAUUACCUCAAUAAAUGAGAUUAUUUUUUCAUUUUUCUAUAAAGAUG